CCCCUUGAGCCGUGACGUAUCACGUGACAAACCAUUCUUCCGGUACAACAAGGAAGAGUGGAAUCGGAGAGAUGUGAUAUCGCUAACUUGCAAAUAAUGUAGCUAUUGUUUCGUUGUGUAUCUAUAUUAAUAUAUUUGGCCUCUUACAAUGUCAGAAUCACCAGAUACACGCAGUUUGGUUUCUGCGUCAUCCCAGCUCAAUUUAAUGGAAAUAGAUACGAUCGACGAUAAAGAGUUUGACAUUCCCCAAGUUGACACCCCGCCUACCUUGGAGAGCAUCCUGAAUGAGCCUGAGGAUGAGGAGGAGCCCUUCAUCCUGGAGGACACGUGUCUGCUGAACACAGAGAACAUCGACGCCCACUCCUGUGAGACCUCCUCACUGGCCAGCUCCGACAGCGGAGACCGCACACACCUCAAACGGAAGAGGAAGACAGUGGAGCUCAGUACUACAGUCCAUGGCUCUGUGCUCCGACACAGCAUCCUGAAAGGCAUCUCUGCUCAGAUAGUCUCAGCUGCUGACAAAGUAGAUGGACUGCCAACUGCAACUGUGUCUGGUGUGAUCGUAGUGGGAACAUCUCAUGGCCUGGCUCUAGUGUUUGAUCUGAACCAGGCUCUCCGUUUGUGCUUGGGAAGCACGGCGACAGGGGCGGAGUACGGAGCCGUCUCCGCCCUCAGCAUCAACCACGACUGCACCCGGCUGCUCUGUGGCUUCGCCAAGGGACAUAUCACCAUGUGGGAUCUGGCCAAUGGGAAGCUUCUGCGAACCAUUACCGACGCCCACCCACCCGGCACCGCCAUCUUACAUGUCAAGUUCACCGAUGACCCUACGCUGGCGGUGUGCAACGACAGCGGUGGCUCUGUGUUUGAGCUGGCUUUCAGGAGGUUGAUGGGGAUGCGUACAUGUGAGUCUCGUUGUCUGUUCAGUGGCUCUAAGGGAGAGGUGUGUAAUGUGGAGCCUCUCCUUACCGCCCGGACCUGAAGGAUCACCCCAUCACACAGUACUCUCUCCUGGCCAUGGCCUCUCUU